CCUUUGUUUCUCCCACGCCACCUACCACACAGGCGGUCCAGUACUAUCACCAGUCUGAGCAUCCACCUUAUAGGGAUUGAAUUACUCCCUUAACACUACAAGUUUCUUAUAAUGUUUAUUUUUAAUGCCCUGCUGCCUUUGUUGAGACUUUAGAAAGGACGAAUUCGCCUAUGUGUGGUAACAUAUGGAGGCAUCAAGGCCAGGUGUUGUCUGUACGCUGAUGGCAAUACUCACAUGUUUAUUAUUUAUGUGACCCAAAACAGGUGGUUGAUCGGACAUUAAAUAUACUGGAGUAUAUUCUGCUGUUACGUGAAAUAAUUAAGGAUGGCAAAUGAAAAAGAACAGAAAAGUAUUCACUUCAACACAGAUUUCCUUUCAUCAAGAGUACAAGCGAAGCCAAAGGUUCAUGUCAAUCCAGCUUUCUUUCAAAAAUCCCAAGCUGCUGAAUUAGGAGAGCAGUUUUUAAAGACUAUCAGUACACAAUUGGCACACAUUAACAGUAGUCAUCAUGUUCAAAAACAAGUAGAAAGUUUUUUGCAUGUAAAUGGUGUUGGAACAUUAGGUCAGUGCAUUUUGGGACCGGAAAAUAAUACCUGCACUAGUUCUCAAAGACCUAAAGUAAAGGAAAAUGAUAUGCAUUCACCUCUUCUGAAAGAACCUCCAAGUCAUGAACAUGCAUUAGGUACUACAAAGUCAUAUGUUCCUACAGUGAAUAGUUCUAACUAUCAAAAAUAUCAUAAUAUAAAUAUUCAUUCCCAAACUGGAGGAAUGAGAACAACCCAGUAUUCAACAUCAACACAAACAAAGAAAGGAAGGAAGUCUUGUGUUUAUUCCUGGAAGGCAGGAGGUACUAAAUUUACAACUGACUUGCAUAAUGUGAGUCAGCCUAUAAAUCAGAAAAUACAGACUGCAGUCUUUUCUGAUAACUCUUCUUCCCAUAAGUUUUACAACCAAAAUUUUCCAAAUAGAAAGGCAUUGGACAAACCUCCCAUUGAGCCAUUAUCUAAAGUGUCCCGUACAGAAGAAAAGAUGAAAAUCAACAGUGAUAACAAUAAGUUACCUGUAUUGAAACAUAAGAAAAAUAAUCUUUAUCAUGACAAUAAGAAAUAUGCUUUUCCAAAGACUGAAGAAACAGUAAGAAUCAAUGAUUUCUGUGUGACGGGAACAUCUGAUAUAAGCAAAAUGAAAAAUAGUGAGUUUAAUGCUGUCAAAAGUUCAGAAGCUGUUCUCAGUAAAAGCAAAGUCCAUUCGGAGGGAGAGGGGAGAAAUAAUAUGGGUAAGUUUGUAGAGACCUCAAAAACUGUGACCCAAAAUUCCAGAAAUUCAAAUAUACUCAUAAACCCAAAACUUUUAAGAUAUUUGUCUAGUAAUGGUUCCCAAGAUAAAAUAUCCAAAGUAUCGGCUAAACCGCAGUACAAUCUGUCACAUUCCAGCAUAAUAGCAAAUGCAGAUGGAAUUGCAUCUUUAUCUACUUUGAAAAAUAAUAAUACAAUGGUAAUUUCAGAGGCUUCUAAAAGAAAUGGUAAGUUUAAAGUCCUAUCAAAAACAAAGCUUGUAAGGAGACGGUCUACUAGCUCUUCAAGCCAAACUGCAGUAUGUGGUGUCCACCCUAGAUACAAUGUUACAAAGACCACUCCGGAAGCUUUUAAGAAGAAUGGUAAAUAUAAAGUUGUCUCGAAAACAAAGCUUGUAAGACGACUAUCUGGUAGCUCAUCUAGCCAAACUUCUUCGCUCUCUAUUCAGCCCAAAAUUAGAGACUUGAAAGGAAAUUCAGAGGCUCUUAAGAGAAAUAUUGGGUAUAGAGUUAUCUCUAAAACGAAGCUUGUACGUCAAAGCUCAGACAGCUCAUCCAGACAUGCAAUAGAAGUAGCUGCAAAGACAAAAUCAUCUGAAACCAGUUCUUUAAUAUUGCCAUAUUACACUCCAAAGGUUAAAAGUGUUCCUAGACCUCUCAAGUUUCCAACAAGAACUCGAAGAUUUUCAACAGGUACUCGGGCAAAUGUCAAGAGAAGAUACUCUGUCAUGUCACCUACUAAGCUUAUUAGAAGCUUUUCUAACACCAGCAGUUCAAAUGGAGAUGGAAUAUCUGGGAAGCCAAGGUAUUUCAUAAAGACUGAUACUAAACUUGUUAGAAGAUGUUCUCAAAGUAGUACCAGUAAUUCAAAAUCCCUCACAAAUGAUGAAGAAACGAAGACUAAUGUCAUUAAAUCAGUUUUUGAAAAAAAUAAGAAAUUUUCCAUACUAUCCAAAACCAAGUUAGUCAGAAGAAAGUCAGAAUCGGGUAUGAACAAAACUUCUAAGCUUCUAAAAAAUACAAUUGUAUCUGGCCCAGGUAUUCGAGGUGUGCAAACAAUUAUAAAACGACAUAAACUGGUGCGAAAUGCACGUGCCAAAUCAGGGUGUUGGUCACCAAAGAUAUUAAGUGCAUCGGGUGGAAGGAAUAUAAAUACAGUGUACAAGAUUGUCAACAAUUGUGUCAAACUGUCCUCCAGGCAAAAGGCUGCCAGAGGCAUCAUUUCUAAGUAUAAGAUAAAUCGCCUGAAGUUAGAGUCCUCAGAAAUUUUAAGGAAGAAUGAUUUAAGGAAUUGUAGUCACCUGUCAAAGCCAGAGAAGAAAUACAAGUUUUCACAUACAACAAGAAAGGGAGCUGUAAUUAAACAUUCAGAUAGAAUCAUCAAUAUUGGAGGGAUUCUUUACAAAUCAACAAAAACAUCACUAAGAAAACAGUUAUCAAAGACAACACAGGAGAGUGCUGCAAAUGCUUCAGAAAAUGAAUGCAUUGUGUGGCUUCGUGGUGACCAGUUCCAACUAAGUGCUGGAGGACGAACCUUGAAACGUGUUAAAGAUGGGUCAGCCUCUUCAUUCUCUAAACACAGUCUUCCGAGGGUUCACAUCGGAGGUCUCACAUAUUCACGCACCAAGGCUGGACAGUAUGAACUGACACAGACCCACCAAGCCAGGGCAGUCGUGAGCUCGGCAAAGCAGCGCAGCAUGAUGACACUCUCACAGAGGAAGAAGAAAGGCAUCCUGCAGAAGCGUAAUGAGCACUGCAUCUUCUUUAACCGAUUUGGACGAUGCACAAAAAAAGACAAAGGACAGUGCCCAUAUAUUCAUGAUCCACAGAGAGUUGCUAUUUGUACAAGGUUCUUGAGAGGUCGUUGUCCUGUGAACAACUGCCCAUUCUCCCACACAGUGGACCCAGACAAGAUGCCUGUUUGCUCACACUUUGUUCGAGCCACAUGUACUCGUGAUGGUUGCCCUUAUCGCCAUGUAAGAGUCAAUCCCUUUGCACCAAUUUGCUUGGACUUUCUCAGAGGACAUUGUCUUGCAGGAGAAGAGUGCAAGAAACAACAUGUUUUGGUAUGUGAGGAGUUUAGUAGAACAGGUAAGUGUCCAAGAGGUUUGUCCUGUCCACUUUCUCAUCACAGAGGAAGAGGCAAGUUCAGAAAAUCUGUUACUUUAGAACCUGCUGAUGGAGAAAAUAAAAAACAUUUUAGUUUUCUGUACAGAAAGAGAAAGAGAAGUGAAAGUACAGAUGUACUUGGAGAAUUAAAAGUAAAGAGGAGGACAGAAAAGAAAUUUAAAGAAAAUGCAGUCAAAGUUGUCAAACAGAGGUACUUUCAUAUUCCCACACACGGAGAAGAUGAUGAUGAAGAGAAACAAAAAACAGUCUCAGAAUGUACCCAAAGUUAUGGUGUAAAAACAGAGGAAGAAAAUAGAGAGACAAAAUUAUUGAAUAAACAAAAAGAUAACAGUACACCAGUCACCAGCAGUCAGUCAUUUGUUGCUUGUGCCAUUACCCUCCAAGAAAAGCAAAUGCCACACAUACAUGAGAGCAGAGAAGAGUAUGGCAAGACACAAGGAAGUUUGUUUUAUAAUAAAUCCUCAAACACAUUAGACUUGGAGGAAAUUAGGCAACGAAUAUUACAGAAAGUUGACAAAAUUAAAUACUUAUACAGUGCUCAUAAAAACAUUGUAGAUGUACAAACUGACCCACAAAAUUAUGAAAGAUAUAAUGUUAAGAAAGAAACGUAUCUUUCAUUUGAUAAAACAGAUCAGCCAAGUACUGUUGGUAAUAGGGAGGAAAUUCACAAAAUGCAGGGUAAUACAAAAAUACAAAAUAAAGAAAAAAGUCUGUUGGAAUGUGUAGAUAAUGCAACUGACACCACAGAGAGUGACAUGUAUAGAUUACAGAGGGCACCACUUCCACAGAGAUUACCAUCUUAUAUCCCUCUAAGUAUGGAUGAAGAGGCUGAGGAUUUAUGAUGGAACUUUGCUAGCAGUUGGAUAGUAAUGAUAAUUGUAAGACCUAGACUCCUUAUCCCUCUCUCCUCUCCUCUCUCAUUUUUUCCAUAUAGAUAACUGUAUUGUUGUUACAGCUUUACUGCAUUAUCAGGACAACUGUUUGCAUUGAAAAAUAAAUUAAGAAUUAAGCACAUCACUAUAAUUUGCUUAUUAAUAAUUAUUACAGGUGUUUCUGUAAGUAUUAAUGUUUUACAUUCGUAGAUGUGACCAUAUGUUUUGACAAAUGAAAAUAUGUAUAUUCUCAGUUCAGAUGUCUGCUUCAAAUAUACAGUGUGUCUUCAGUAAUUCAUUGGUAGAUAAUGUAGACAGCAUUAUGAGAUAUUCAAGAGUGCCAUCGUGAUAAAAGUUAAAAUCUUAUUAUUUUAAUUUCUAUAUACUGUAUACGUACUAUAUUCCAACUAGAAUUCAUUUGCUCUUUCAUUCCUUUUCUUUCCAAUUCGCUUCUCACUCAUUUUGCUCUAGUAAAGUUUAUGUAUGUCCUUUCCAUUGGUUUAUCUGAUAUCUUGAUUUCUUGUCAUUUUACUCUUUCGUCUUCCCAUUCUGAAUCUAAAGGAAACAUUGUAAUAAGAGGUAAGGACAUAAAAGUUACUAGUACUGUUCAGUUAUUAAAAAAGUAUCAACCCCCUUGUCAUGUGUAACAAUAUGAAACAUUGUGCAAAAACUGUAAACGUGUGAUUGGUUACCAGCGUCAGUUGGUUGUUAUUGCACUUUUUCUAUUCCAUCGACCUUGGUGUAGUCGAUACUUAUUUUACUGACUGACUCAAAGAAAUAAAGUAGUCUUGAGUUUUUUACACAUACUGUACAGUUGCAAUGGGGAAUACCUCGAGGGCUUAAAUUGCCUGUGUUAAUAAUUAUAUAUCUGUGAUAUAGUACCUGUAUGUAUUCAAUGAAUGUCAAGUAAAAGAGAUUGUAAGUAGUUUUAUAAGAAUACUGUAUAUAAUAAAGUACAUGUUUAGUGUUCAACAGAACUUGAAUGAUAAUAACCAAAGCUACUAGAAAUAGUGUGAGGUUAUAAGGAUUUUAGUUAGGUUAUAUAUUUGCUUUAUAAAAAUUUUGGCACCUGGAAAAGAUUUCCGUUAAGGAUAAGAAAGGAAUGUAGUAUAAUGUUGAGAGAUAGGCUGUUUUUAGACGAGUAUGCGUUCAGAGAAUUGUUUUCAGAUUUUCCCCCAUGUCACAAAAGGAGGGGAAUUGGUAUCUUUGAUACGAUAAACUGUUUUGCUAUUCCUUUAUUUUAGUCUUAGUAAGUAACACUACAGGGCCAUUUUAAGGCCUUCCACCACUUGUCAAAUGCUAUAGGGUUGAGUUGUGUAAAGGGACAGCUAUUUACCCAUUUUCUGUUUAUUUUCUCAUGUAAAAGGGCUUCUUACCUACUUUUAUUUUAUUUUUUUUUAUGAGAAAACCGCCUUCCACACGAGCUUACUUCUCAGUGGAAUCACUCGUGUUGUAGUCAAACCAUCAUAUUUCAACAGGUGUGUCUCAGUACUCCUAUAAGAUUCAUCACUUCCAGUUUGUUUAAAUAUUUGAGAAUUUUUUUGUGCAAGAUUAUCCCAUUAGGGGGAAGAGGGAAUUAGAGAUCAAAGCAGAUAUAGAUGAGAAAUGUACAGUGCUUAUAUUUUUGGUGACUACCAUACAAUAUUGGAAACCUACAGUAUUGUGUUACCAGUAUGUCUUUCUGUAUUAUUUUAUUUCCUUUCAGUAAUAUGAGAGGUUUUGCAUAUAAAAAUUACCUUUUGUUCUGAACUUUAUAUAUUGAAUAUCUAGGUUCAGUUCAAUAAUCAUUUUUUAACAUUAUUAUAUAUCAAAGCUGCCUUUGUUUAUUUUAGGGAGUCCUUGCAUAAAUUUCACAGAUUGAUAUGAUUUUGUACUGAAUUUGUAGGUCCUGUCACUAAGUCAGGUUGACGACUUUAAUAUUCACGUGACUUGUGGUCAGGGCACUUGACUUAAGGUGACCUCAUAAUAGCAUCAAGGCUAAAACAGUUGGAAAUAGUGAGGUCAUGAGUUUGGAAGGAAAUAGUCAGUAAUCUUUAUAACAAAACUUUCCUGAUAUAGAUUAUGAUGUAUUUUGUUAUUCGUAAUAUAACUCAUUCCUAUGAUUCAUUCAGACUAAUAUGCAGUAAUUCAUAAUAUACUGUAUUCCUAUAUUAUACACAGUAUUUCAUAUAGAAUUUGUGAUCUAUGGGCGGUUUUUAGCUAUAAUCGUCUUUAUGGGAAUCGUCCAAGUGGGAAGAAAUCGUCCAUCUGAGAAUCAUUUUAGUGACAUGUAAUCACUGUAUUAAUGCUCUAAUAUGUAUUGUGCCAAUCAAUAAAACUAUAACUAUAUACUGUACAGCCUUAUUUCAUUAUAUUUUAUGAAUACAUAUAGGUUGAAAUAUUUGGCUGAAUGUACAUUUAUUGAGGUAAAUAUUAAUUAAUUAUUUAUUAAAGAUAUGGGGUGUAAAGUUCCCUGGACUUUUUUAAUCGGGCUAGCUGCACCUACAAAACAUGAAAGAUUGUAUUGGUCAAAUUUGAGGUUUGGAUCCGACCAUGGUCUGGACUGUUUAGUAGUGAAUAAUGAUAAAGAUGUAAAUGAUAUGAACAAUUGUGUGGCUUUUAACAUGAUUUGUUAGUGUGUAGUAGACAGUAGUGUAUGUUGUCAACUUGUAUGGAAAUAAAUUGGUUAUGAAA